GAGUUUGAAGGGAGAGGUAGGUGGUAGUCUGGAGAGAGUCGGCAGAAAUGUCGAAUCUCGAACCGGCAAACCAGAUGCUAACUCGACGACCGUCGAGAAGCGCCGCAAUGACCACCUUCUCGAUGGAGGUUUUCGACCAUGACGUUGUUGUUCCUUCAUCACUCGCCUCGAUUACGCCCAUUCUCCGUGUUGCCAAUGAGAUUGAAAGCGAUCGUCCUAGGGUUGCCUACCUAUGUCGAUUUUAUGCGUUUGAAAAGGCACACCGAUUGGAUCAAAGUUCAAGUGGGCGUGGUGUGAGGCAGUUUAAAACACUUUUGUUGCAGCGAUUGGAGAGGGACAAUGCAACGAGUUUGGAAGCUCGUACUAAGAAGACAGAUGCAAGGGAAAUUCAAGUUUAUUAUCAGCAAUAUUACGAGAAUUAUGUCAAGGCACUUGAUCAAGGAGAGCAGGCAGACAGAGCACAGCUUGGUAAAGCUUACCAGACUGCUGGUGUGCUUUUUGAAGUGCUUUGUGCUGUUAACAAGACUGAGAAAGUCGAAGAAGUUGCUCCUGAGAUUAUUGCAGCUGCUAGAGAUGUCCAGGAAAAGACAGAAAUUUAUGCACCUUUUAACAUUCUUCCAUUGGAUUCUGCCGGGGCUUCCCAGCCUAUUAUGCAGCUUGAAGAGAUUAAGGCGGCUGUUUCUGCACUCUGGAACACCCGUGGCUUGAACUGGCCUAGUGCAUUCGAGCAAACUCGCCAGAGAACAGGAGAAUUGGAUCUGCUUGAUUGGCUCAGAGCCAUUUUUGGGUUCCAGAAAGACAACGUUAGGAACCAGAGAGAGCAUUUGAUUCUGCUUCUUGCUAAUAAUCAUAUAAGGCUAUAUCCCAAACCUGAGCCUCUCAACAAGCUUGAUGACCGCGCAGUUAAUUCAGUUAUGAAUGACCUCUUUAAGAAUUACAAGACAUGGUGCAAAUUUUUGGGACGGAAACAUAGUUUACGACUUCCUCAAGGUCAGGAAAAUAUACAGCAGAGGAAGUUGCUUUAUAUGAGCUUGUAUCUUCUCAUAUGGGGCGAAGCAUCCAAUCUUCGCUUCAUGCCGGAGUGUCUAUGCUACAUAUUUCACAAUAUGGCAUAUGAACUUCAUGGUUUAUUGGCUGGAAAUGUCAGCAUUGUUACCGGUGAAAACAUCAAACCUUCUUAUGGUGGUGAAGAUGAGGCAUUCUUGCGCAGGGUUGUAGCUCCUAUAUACAGAGUCAUUCAAACGGAAGCUGAUAAGAGCAGAAAUGGUACGGCUCCUCACUCAGCCUGGUGCAACUAUGAUGAUCUAAAUGAGUAUUUCUGGUCACAUGAUUGCUUUUCUCUUGGAUGGCCCAUGCGUGAUGAUGGUGAAUUUUUUAAAUCUACAUUUAAUUUGCAACAGGCAAGAAAAGGUGUUCUUCAUCAAAAAUCCGCAAGAACUGGCAAAUCAAAUUAUGUUGAGACCCGGUCAUUCUGGAAUCUCUUCCGCUCUUUUGAUCGUCUUUGGACCUUUUAUUUACUGGGUUUGCAGGCGAUGUUCAUAAUUGCUUGGGGAGAUAUUUCAGUGUUAGAAAUAUUUCGGAAAGAUGUCCUAUAUAAACUCUCUAGCAUAUUCAUCACAGCAGCCAUUCUUCGUUUACUUCAAAGUAUCUUGGACCUGUCUCUGAAUUUUCCUUUCUAUCAUCGCUGGAGAUUCACUGAUGUGCUAAGAAAUAUUCUCAAAGUCAUUGUUAGUCUUUUUUGGGUUAUUAUACUUCCAGUGUUCUAUGUGCAUUCCUUCGACGGUGCCCCAGAUUUUGUCAAGAAGUUGCUUUCUUUUGUUCAUCAAAUGAAAGGGAUUCCACCAUAUUAUAUCUUAGCAGUUGCAGUAUAUUUAAUCCCAAAUGUACUAGCAGCCUUUCUCUUUCUAUUCCCAAUGCUUAGGCGUUGGAUUGAAAACUCAGACUGGCACAUAAUUAGACUCCUCUUAUGGUGGUCACAGCCAAGAAUCUAUGUCGGACGAGGAAUGCAUGAGAGUCAAUUUGCUCUCCUUAAGUACACACUUUUCUGGGUGCUUCUUUUGGCUGCCAAAUUUUCAUUCAGCUUUUUUGUCCAGAUCAAACCUCUUGUUAAGCCAACUAAGGACAUAAUGAGCAUUAAACAUGUUGAUUAUGGUUGGCAUGAAUUUUUCCCGAACGCUCAAAAUAAUAUUGGGGCAGUUGCUUCACUUUGGAUUCCUGUACUUAUGGUUUAUUUCAUGGACACCCAAAUUUGGUAUGCCAUCUUCUCAACUGUGUGUGGAGGUGUUCUUGGAGCCUUCGAUCGUCUGGGAGAGAUACGCACUCUGACCAUGCUAAGAUCACGGUUUCAGUCAUUGCCUGGUGCAUUCAACACUUACUUGGUUCCUACUGACAAGAGAAAAAGGAGAAAGGGAUUUUCCCUCGCAAAGCGAUUUGCCGAGAUUCCUGCAAACAGAAGGAGUGAAGCUGCUAAGUUUGCCCAAUUAUGGAAUGAAAUUAUUUGCAGUUUCCGCGAGGAAGAUAUUAUAAGUGAUAGGGAGAUGGAUCUUUUGUUGGUUCCUUACUCAUCAGAUCCUAGCCUAAAAAUUAUUCAAUGGCCACCAUUUAUGCUUGCAAGCAAGAUUCCUAUUGCACUGGAUAUGGCAGCUCAAUUUCGAGGAAGGGACUCUGAUCUUUGGAAACGCAUAUGUGGAGACGAAUAUAUGAAAUGUGCAGUGAUUGAAAGCUAUGAAUCUUUCCAACAUAUUUUGAAAGCUUUAGUGGUCGGAGAAGCUGAAAAAAGGACAAUCUCUGUCAUCUUUAAGGAAGUUGAUAACAGCAUCGCUAAAAAUACACUUCUUACAAAUUUCCGAAUGGGAUUUUUGCCUUCCCUUUGCAAGAAAUUUGUGGAGCUUGUGGAACUUUUGAAAGUUGCAGAUUCAUCCAAGCGCGACAGAGUGGUGGUAUUGUUGCAAGACAUGUUAGAAGUGUUUACUCGUGAUAUGGUGGUGAAUGAAAUCAGCGAAUUAGCAGAACUUAAUCAUAGUAGCAAGGAUUCUGGAAGGCAACUUUUUGCUGGUACUGAUGCAAAACCGGCCGUACUCUUCCCUCCAGUUGCUACAUCACAAUGGGAGGAACAGAUUAGACGUCUUCACUUACUGAUGACGGUGAAGGAAUCUGCCAUUGAGGUUCCAACAAACCUUGAAGCACGCAGAAGAAUUGCAUUCUUUACCAAUUCGCUGUUCAUGAAUAUGCCCCGUGCUCCUAGAGUUCGUAAAAUGCUCUCGUUCAGUGUCAUGACUCCAUACUACAGUGAAGAGACUGUCUACUCGAAGAAUGACCUUGAGGUUGAAAAUGAAGAUGGUGUGUCAAUCAUAUAUUACCUGCAGAAGAUAUACCCUGAUGAGUGGAAUAACUUCAUGGAACGAAUUAAUUGUAAGAAAGAUAGUGAGGUAUGGGAAAGAGAUGAGAAUAUAUUGCAGUUACGUCAUUGGGCCUCAUUACGUGGGCAAACACUUUGCAGGACAGUUAGGGGAAUGAUGUACUACCGGAGGGCUCUUAAGCUUCAGGCUUUUCUUGAUAUGGCUAACGAAAAGGAGAUACUUGAGGGAUAUAAAGCUAUUACUGUUCCAACUGAGGAAGAUAAAAAGAGUCACAGAUCACUAUAUGCCAGUUUAGAGGCUGUUGCUGACAUGAAAUUCACAUACAUCGCUACCUGUCAGAAUUACGGGAAUCAGAAGCGUAGUGGAGACCGCCAUGCAACAGACAUCCUGAAUUUGAUGAUUAACAAUCCCUCACUCCGUGUGGCAUAUAUUGAUGAGGUUGAAGAAAGAGAAGGAGGAAAAGUACAAAAAGUUUAUUAUUCUGUACUGGUCAAAGCUGUGGACAAUCAUGACCAAGAAAUAUACCGAAUAAAACUGCCAGGUCCAGCGAAGUUAGGAGAGGGGAAACCUGAAAAUCAAAACCAUGCAAUCAUUUUUACUAGAGGAGAAGCUCUUCAGACUAUUGACAUGAACCAGGAUAAUUACUUGGAAGAAGCUUUGAAAAUGCGUAACCUUCUGGAGGAAUUUAAUGAGGAUCAUGGAGUGCGCCGACCUACUAUAUUAGGUGUUCGUGAGCAUAUCUUCACUGGCAGUGUUUCUUCCUUGGCUUGGUUUAUGUCAAAUCAAGAAACAAGCUUUGUCACAAUUGGUCAAAGAGUUCUUGCAAGACCCCUGAAGGUACGAUUUCACUAUGGUCAUCCAGACGUUUUUGAUAGAAUUUUCCAUAUUACCCGUGGAGGAAUUAGUAAGGCUUCUCGAGUCAUCCAUUUGAGCGAGGAUAUUUUUGCCGGAUUCAACUCAACACUACGACGUGGAAAUAUUACUCAUCAUGAAUACAUUCAAGUUGGAAAGGGUAGAGAUGUUGGGCUCAAUCAGAUCUCUCUUUUUGAAGCAAAGGUGGCUUGUGGUAAUGGAGAGCAAAUACUAAGCAGAGAUAUCUACAGGCUGGGACACCGUUUUGACUUUUUCCGCAUGCUAUCAUUUUACUUUACAACCAUUGGAUUUUAUACCAGCUCAAUGGUUGUUGUCCUUACGUCUUAUGCUUUCCUAUAUGGCAAACUGUACCUGUCACUAAGUGGGUUUGAGGCUGCAAUAAUGAAGUUUGCUAAGAGAAGGGGAGAUGAUACAUUAAAGGCAGCAUUAGCUUCACAAUCACUUGUCCAAAUAGGACUUCUGAUGACUUUGCCCAUGGUCAUGGAAAUUGGACUAGAGAGAGGGUUCAGAACUGCUCUAGGUGAUUUCAUAAUAAUGCAGUUGCAGCUCGCACCUGUUUUCUUCACUUUCUCGCUUGGAACGAAAAUGCACUAUUUUGGGCGCACUCUCUUGCAUGGAGGGGCAAAGUACAGAGCAACUGGGCGUGGGUUUGUCGUCCGCCAUGAAAAGUUUGCAGACAAUUACAGGAUGUACUCUAGGAGUCACUUCGUCAAAGGGAUGGAACUCACAAUGUUGCUCAUUUGUUAUAAGAUUUAUGGAGCAGCAGCACCUGAGUCAACUGCAUACGCUCUUCUCUCAUGGUCAAUGUGGUUUUUGGUUUGUUCUUGGUUGUUUGCUCCUUUCCUUUUCAAUCCAUCAGGAUUUGAGUGGCAGAAGAUAGUUGAGGACUGGGAUGAUAUGAAUAAAUGGAUGAGUAAUCGAGGUGGUAUUGGUAUUGCUGCAAACAAGAGUUGGGAGUCGUGGUGGAAUGAGGAACAGGAGCAUCUGCAGCACACUGGCAUUGUGGGGCGGAUUUGUGAGAUUCUUCUUUCCUUCCGUUUCUUUAUCUAUCAGUAUGGGAUUGUGUAUCAUCUCAAUGUAGCCAGAGGUGACAAGACCAUCAUGGUUUAUGCUCUUUCCUGGAUAGUAAUACUAGCCGUCAUGAUUAUCUUGAAGAUUAUGUCCAUGGGUAGAAAGAAGUUCAGUGCAGAUUUCCAGUUGAUGUUCCGUCUUCUCAAAUUGUGUCUGUUUAUUGGAGCCAUUGUUUCCAUGACCUUAAUGUUUACUCUGCUUAGCCUCACUACUAGUGACAUCUUUGCCAGUCUCUUGGCCUUUUUGCCAACAGCAUGGGCAAUUAUACAGAUAGCACAAGCAUGCAGGCCUUUGGUGAAGGCCAUUGGAAUGUGGGGAUCAGUUAAAGCUUUAGCAAGGGGCUAUGAAUACCUUAUGGCAGUGGUUAUAUUUGCACCAGUGGCCAUAUUGGCAUGGUUUCCAUUUGUUUCAGAAUUCCAAACUAGGCUGCUAUUCAACCAAGCAUUCAGUAGAGGACUUCAAAUCCAGCGCAUUCUCGCUGGUGGCAAGAAGCAUAAGCAAAACUGAAUCAAAACAUUUUUGCAGCAUUCAGCUUAGUCCUAACUCUACUACCUCUGCAGCAUACAGGUUGAAGAAAAACUGGUCUGUGCUUUCCAAUAGAAUAAUUCUUCCAGCCAGUGUAUUGAGAUCUUAAAUAGUGAUGAGAGAGAGAGAGAGAACGAUGUCGUAAGUGUAAUAAACUGUAUCCAACCUCUCCCAUCAUUCUUAUUCUCCUUUUCCCAUGUGAAAACUGAUUAAUUGAAUAUCAAAUUUUGUUCGAUUCUUUACCACUAUUGACUAGACUAUGAUACUCAAACUUG